UCGUGACCCGGGCCGAAACCAGGAGCCGAACACCCAGCGACUGAGCCGCCCACCGGCCCGUGUCUGACUUUUUUUGUAAUUAAAAUAUUACAGGCACAAACAAAAUCCACCUUUCACUUCUUAGUCAAGUCUCAUUUGCCAGGAGUCCCACUGUUGAUAGCUUGGGGGCUUUGUCCUCUGGCCUUUGCUGUGCUGCGUUUGUAAGAGGGCAGUUCACUAUCCAGAGUUACACAGACACAAGGGUACCUGCCGCUUUUAUGUGAACGGGGCACUCCUGUGCCUGUGGCGUGUUCCCCCUGUAGCCAUGUGCCACAAGGUGCCUGUCCUCUCGCUGGAGGGCUCAUUCCAGAAUGUUGCAAGGUUGCUUGUUUCCAGGGUUGUUGUUCCCUUAGCAUUACUGUGAGCAGUCACUCUUGCCAUCCAGCUAGGGACUUCCUGCUCACUGGGUUUAAGGGUUUCUGGGAGAAUUCCAGAAGGGCUUGUCGGCAGCUCCAGGGAGAGACAGUCACUCUGCGUGGUGGCCAAAAGUGUGGGUCCUGGAGCCCACCAUCUGGUUCCGACCAAGCCUGUCCCUCACUAGCAAGUGACUUUAGGCAAGGCUGGCCCCGAGCCUUUUGUCUGCGCAUGGCUUUGUCACAGCACCCGCCCCACGGGUUAAUGUGUGUGGAGCCCCGAGAACAGAACGUGACCCCCAGCAGGCCCACACCUGACCGCUUGCUGUGUGGGGCCUGGGGCCUGGCCUUCACCCCAGGCCUGUCAGCCUUCCCUGCCUCAGCACCUGCUUCACAGCCUUCGUGCUGGCUGCUCCCUCUGCCUGGGAUGCUCGCCCCAGAGAUGCCCAGCUGGGGCGGAGGGACUGUGCCCCAGCUGCCUGGCCCGGGCCCUGUGGGUGCGGAACUGCCCCUCUUCUCUGAGGCCCUGCGCGCGGCCCCCACCUCAGAAAUGGAGCCAGAUCAGAGCCCCGCCCGCCCCGCUGUCAGGGUCCAGCCUGGCUCCUGAGGGUGUCUUCCUGUCUUCACCAUCCGCUCUGUUCUCCCAGGAGUUCACAGAUCUCGGGCACCGCAUCGACUGUCUGGACCUGAAAGGCGAGAAACUCGACUACAAGACCUGUGAGGCCCUGGAAGAGGUCUUCAAGAGGCUACAGUUCAAGGUCCUGGACCUGGAGCAGACAAACCUGGACGAAGAUGGCGCCUCGGCCCUCUUCGACAUGAUCGAAUACUACGAGUCGGCCACCCACCUCAACAUCUCCUUCAACAAGCACAUCGGCACCCGGGGCUGGCAGGCCGCAGCCCACAUGAUGCGCAAGACCAGCUGCCUGCAGUACCUGGAUGCCCGAAACACGCCCCUGCUGGACCACUCGGCACCGUUCGUGGCCCGCGCCCUGCGCAUCCGCAGCAGCCUCGCGGUGCUGCACCUGGAGAACGCCAGCCUGUCGGGGCGACCGCUGAUGCUGCUCGCCACAGCGCUGAAGAUGAACGUGAAUCUGAGGGAGCUGUACUUGGCUGACAACAAGCUCAAUGGCCUGCAAGACUCGGCCCAGCUGGGCAACCUCCUCAAGUUCAACUGCUCCCUGCAGAUCCUGGACCUCCGUAACAACCACGUGCUGGACUCAGGUCUGGCCUACAUCUGCGAGGGUCUCAAGGAGCAGAAGAAGGGGCUGGAGACCCUGGUGCUGUGGAACAACCAGCUCACGCACACGGGCAUGGCCUUCCUGGGCAUGACGCUGCCGCACACACAGAGCCUGGAGACGCUGAACCUGGGCCACAACCCCAUCGGGAACGAGGGCGUGCGGAACCUCAAGAACGGCCUCAUCAGCAACCGCAGCGUGCUGCGCCUGGGCCUGACCGCCACCAAGCUCACGUGCGAGGGCGCGGUGGCGGUGGCAGAGUUCAUCGCCGAGAGCCCCCGCCUCCUGAGACUGGACCUUCGGGAGAACGAGAUCAAGACGGGCGGGCUCAUGGCACUGUCGUUGGCCCUCAAGGUGAACCGCUCGCUGCUGCGCCUGGACCUUGACCGUGAGCCCAAGAAGGAGGCGGUGAAGAGCUUCAUCGAGACGCAGAAGGCGCUGCUCGCCGAGAUCCAGAACGGCUGCAAGCAGAACUUCAUGCUGGCUCGGGAGCAGGAGGAGAAGGAGCAGCGGCUGCAGCUGUCGGCCUCCAUGCCCGAGAUCACGGUCACCGAGCCCCAGCCCGACGAGGAGCCCGGGGACGAGCCCACCGCCAAGGCCCAGGAGAACGGGGCCCCGGACCCUGCCGCCGGGCCGGACUCGGACUCGGACUCGGACUCUGAGGAGGAGGAUGGGGAGAGGGCCGAGGCCCCCUGCCCCGCCCUGGUGCCCCCCUCGGACUCCCUGGGCCCUGGGGACAGGAGCCCCCCAGGCAGCCCCUCCUCCCCCACCGAGCAGCGCAUUUCUGUGUCCAGCCCGGGCCGGGGCCACAAAGUAUUUGUGGUGACCCGGGUGGAGAGUCCACCCGAGAGGGCAGACCCCCCUGUGCCUCCCACCCCUCCCGCCUCCCCUGCCCCCCCUGCCCCUCCUCGUCCUCCCUCCCCACCUGCCUCAGCCUCCCCUCCCGCCUCACCUGCCCUGCCACCAGCCGAGGCCGUCAGCACUCAGGACCCGGGGGUGUCGGAGCCUCAGUCGCAGCUGGAGCCGCCUCAGUCAGGGCCACCACUGCCCAACGGCCUAAAGCCCGAGUUUGCCCUCGCACUGCCCCCGGAGCCGCCCCCGGGGCCCGAGGCCAAGGCGGGCAGCUGUGGCCUGGAACACGAGCUGAGCUGCUCCAAGAACGAGAAGGAGCUCGAGGAGCUGCUUCUGGAAGCCAGUCAGGACUCUGGGCAGGAGACACUGUGACACUUUAGUCUUCGAUGAGCUGAGGCCAGAGCCAUGAGAAUCUGCUCACCUUCACCCCCAGCCUCCCUGAGGCCCAGGCCGCCGGGGGUGUGGGGGGCCUUGCUGGGGGCCCCCGCCCCGCACAAAAACACUACACGGAGUGCAGGAGCUGCAGGGGGUGCCCUCCCCGCCCUGACUUAAGCACUUGUAUCUCUGUGUCCGGCAUUCGAAGGCUCUGGGCUGGGGGGAUGGGAGGAGAAGGUCUCCGAGGACAUCGGCCACCAGGCCGGACGCCUUUUCAAGAGGGCCUGUUCGGCCCGGCUUGCCCUGUGGCGGGCAGGAGUCCCGGGUGGUGGAGGGGUGGCCCCCCGGUGGCCCCGGGCACAGGACCGGGCGGAGGGGCGGUGAGUGGCGGUGGUGGAGAUGCGGAGAGCAGCCCCAGGUGGGGUGCGGGCCGGGGCUGGGGGUGGGGGGUGGGGGAGCUGGGAGCAGAGAAUCAGAGCUUUCUUUUUCUUAAGUGCAAUAAAUCUAUCAGGGAGCUGGGGCGGGGAGCAGCCAGGGUUCUGGGGACCCUGCUGUCCAGGCCCCUUGAGGCUGCGCCCUGAGAGGCACUACAACCCCCGGGGGCGGUGUGGGUGUGGGGUACGGGUGGGCAGAGGGUGGGGGAGGGGCUCUUCCUGUCGGUGCAACUCUGUUCACACCUUUUCUAAUAAACCAGAGCUGGGUUCACCACA